AUGACACUUAAUGCAAGGAGCAAUAAUAUAAAUUUAUAUAAUAAAUUUAACAGGCCAAUUGAUAGUGAUAAUGAUGAAAGACGUGAAAAAAUUAAGGAUGCUUUCCUUUAUGCAUGGAAUAUCUAUAAGAAAAAUUGUUGGGGAUAUGAUUUUAUAAAUACAGCAGAACUCAGAUGUUUUAGCUAUCUUAACAGCGGAUUAACUAUAGUAGAUAGUCUUUCUACGUUAAUAUUAAUGAAUUUGACAAAUGAAUAUGAAGAUGCAAAAAAUUUUGUCGAGAAAAAUUUCACAUUACGUGGUUCUUGGAAGACGUUUGAAGUAAUAAUAAGAUAUUUAGGAUCUUUUAUAUCAUCAUAUGAGUUAACACAUGAAGAAGUGUUCAAAAACAAAUCGAUUAUUGUGAUGAAUUUGAUUGAUAGUUUACUUGAUAAAAAUGGAUUUCUUUUAGACCAAACAGACUUCAAUGAUUCAGAAGGUUACAUCAAAGUAACACGUAAUUAUGGUGAUACACAAUUAGCUCUCCUAGGAACUCUGCAAUUAGAAUGCCUUUCCAUUGCGAAAAUCACAGGAAAUGAUUAUUAUGUUCAAAGAGGAUUGAAUUUUUGGAGAUAUAUUUGGAAAAUGUAUCCAAACGAAUCAUUUAUUUUUGAUUCAUAUCAAUACCAAGAAAAUGGGUGUCGUGAUAUCGGAAGAAAUACAGAUUCUUAUUAUGAAUAUAUCUUGAAAAGUUAUUUAUUGACUAAUCGGAAAUCGAAAACAAUCUUAGAUAGGCAUUUGUUAAUGAUGAAAGAAAUCAAAAGAUAUAUGUAUUAUUAUCAUAAUGAAACUGAUAUUUAUUUUGUUGGAAAAUCAUGUUGGAAUGUUUUAUAUGGCGAUGAUCAUCAUUUAACAACAUUUUUAGGUGGAUUAAUUGGAAUUGGAGCAAUUGAAGAAAAUCCAAAUCGAGAUGAAGAUUUCGAGAUGGCGAAGAACUUAACAGAUGGUUAUUAUAAGAUGUAUAGGAGAUUUAAGACUGGAUUGAUGCCAGAAUUACCCAUUUUCCUUGGAAAUGGAUCAGUUUCUGUCGAAUUUAGUUCAUAUUUUUUGAGACCCGAAACAGUUGAAUCAAUUUAUUACAUUUGGAAAUUGACAGGAGAUAAAAAGUACAGAGAAAUGGCGUGGAAUAUCUUUUUGAGCAUUGAUAAGUACUGUAAAUGUUCUAAUGGAUAUAGUGCAAUAGAUGAUGUAGACUCAGAAAAUCCAACAAAAACAGGGUAUCAAGAUUCAUAUUUCUUCAGUGAAACGCUGAAAUAUCUUUACUUGACAUUCUGUGAUAGAAAAUAUCUUCCUCUUAGUGAAUGGGUCUUUAACACAGAAGGGCAUCCAUUAAGAGUCUGGUCUGAUGAAGACUUCAAUCUUCUCAAAACUCAUUUGUUUGAAUAA